UUAACUUCAAAAUUUUUAAGAAUGUAUGAAAAUAGAAAAUCAGUAUUAUCAUGCAUUAAUUGUUUUAAAACAAUAUAAUAAAAUAUAAAAUCAUUUAUAAUAUUAUAAAAAAUUAUAUAUUAUAUACAUAUAUAUAUAUACACUUAGUUAAAACACAAAAGUAUAUAAUCCCGAUCAAAUAACAUCAAUUAUAAUUUUCUUUUUGUUUUGUAUUUAUUCAAUUUUCAGCUUAUACGUGUUCAAAUUUUUGGAUGGAUAAUAUUUAAGAAUAUAAUACAUAAUAUAUAACACGAGAAAAUACAUUAUUAUAUAAAGUAAAUAUAUAUAUAAACACAUCACGAACCACUUAUAUUCAGAAUUUGCUUUGAAAAUAAUAAACAAGGAAUAUGAAGUAAUAAAAUUAAAUUGAGCAUUUGAUACUGUUUUCCAUCACACCAUUCUUUUGCAAACUAAAAGGGGUUGGACCAACAAGUCGAAGGAUUACCAUUGCUUUGUAAAUACGACUACAAAUUUAUGAUCGUUUUAUAGAGAAAAAUUAAAAACAGACAAAAAAAAACAUUUUACAUCUUUAAAUUUAAAUAUAAUUAUUACGAGUUUCCAGACUAUAUGGUAUUAGGGAUUUAAAAACAAAGAAAUCAACUAAGUCCACAUAUUAAAUUGUGUUAUAAAGAAGAAGAAGACUAACUGCAUCAUAGUGAAUCAAAAACAAGAAAAAAAUAAUAAUAAAUAUCCAAACUAUAUAAAAGGAAAAUAAAAGAAAAUUUAAAAAUGUCUUCAUCAGAGCGUUCAAUUCCUCAUCUUAGGGAUAUAUUUGGAUUAAGUGGAAGUAGUGGAUAUACAAUGCAUAAUAAUAACCAAUUACAUCCAACAAAUAAUUUAAGUCAUUACAAUCAUCAUAAUAUGAAUCAUCAUUAUCAAAACGGAAAUAGUAAUGUAGUUAAUUAUGGUAGUAGUAAUAGUAAUGAUAUUGAUGAUCAUUCUUCAUAUGGUUCUUCAUAUGAUCAUCUACAUAAUAACAACAAUAAUAAUAAUCAUCAUCAUCCACAUCAGCAACAAAUGAUUGAUUCAAAUGCUUUAAAUAACAACAAUAAUAGUAAUAAUAAAAAAAAUUCAAAAAAGAAACGUGAUAAUAGUAAGACAUUAACUAGCGGUGAUGUUAAAACAUUGGAACGUCAUUUAAGCAUGAAAAAAACAAUAAGAAAAAAAAUUAUGCGAGAUUUACAACAAGCUUUCGUUGAAGAUCCAAAUGAAUUUCGUAUUGAAAAUAUUAAUCAAGAACAAUUGAAAGCUGAAAUACGUGCUGAAGCAUUACGUUUUGGUGCAACUGGUGAUCAUCAGAAACCAUCUAGAAAAUCAGAUAAUUUUCUUGAUAUGUUAAGAGGUGAAAAGAAUAGCAGCAGCUCACAACAGCAGCAACAGUCGCAUCAACAACAAUUAUUGCCGCAACAACAUCAAAAUCAAUCACAACAACAUUAUAAUUCAGCAUCAUUAACAAAUAGCAGUAAUAAUUAUAAUGAUUAUUCAAAUGGUAGCAAUAGAGAAUAUGAUUAUGAUAGCCAACCAACACAGUCUACUGAAAAACAAAGCUUUUGGAGAAGAUUUACAAUGAAAAAUAAAACAAAACGAUAAGAUUUUCAAAUUUAAAAGAUGCUGUAUUUUUUUUUUAAAUAAAACUUUAAUUAAAAAUAAAUAAAAUCCUAUUUUAGAAUAUCUAUAUUUUAUAUUUUUAAGAAUUAAAUGGAAAAUUAGUUAUCUCAUAACAUAAAAAUCAAUUUUUGAUUCCUUAUAAUAAACUGUAAGAGAAAUAUACAUAGUAAUUAUUAUGGAAAAUAUAAAGUCGCCUUGAAAAAAUUAUAUUUGUAUAGCUAUGUUUAAAUAAUUAUAAAAUAAGAAUUAUAUUAUAUUGAUACGAGUAUAACUUUAAUAUAUAGAAAAUAAUAUUAUAUUGAUAUAACUUGUAUUUUGUUUUAAUUUCUCAUCUUUGGACGCAUUUGGAAAACAAAGUCCGAUAUUUUGUAGUGAUUCGUUAGUUUUUGUAAUACAUUAUGUAUACAUAUAUGUACAUAUGUAUAUUUAUGUAGCUACGUAUAACAUGCAACUAUGUAUUUAUUUCAAAUCAAAUAUCCACUGGUAAAUUUUAGUGAACGAUAAAUCAUAUUUUAAAAUUUUUUAAAAUUUGUUAUAUGUUUCUAAAAAUAUACUAAACCGAAAAUAAUAAAAGACCUUGUAUUGUACAUGUUUUCUAGUUGCAUGACGGUAAAAUGUGUAGAAAAGAAAUGAGAAAUAUGAACAGCGCGUAAAGAUUACAAGUUUAUAAUAAAAUACUAAAAUACAAAGGGUUUUUGUAUUUUAGUAUAAUAUGCAAAUAUGUUUAUAAAAAAUAUAUUAUAUAACAAAAAUGUAAAACAAUUUAAUUAAUGUGUAACUGUAUUAACGCUUGCUGUGAUAAAGAAUUAAUGAAAAAGCAAAACGCAAGCUUUGUUUUUGUCCUAGACUAUCCUGUUCAAUUUUUUUCCGAAAUUGAGAUUAUGAGUAAUUUCAUAUUUUGAUAUUGAAAAUUCCAUUUCGUGAAAAAUAAAAUAUAGAACAGCUUAAAAUAUUUUUAAUUAUAAAUUUAAAAUUAUAUUUACAUUAUAUCAUAAAACAAAAAUAGAAUUAAUAAGUUUGCAUAAUAACAAAAAUUUUGAAAGAGCUUAAAGCAUAAAAAAAUUAAUUUUUAAAAAUUUGAUGAUUCUUUGUUAAAAAAUAAGAAACAGAACCUCUGCAUAACUACUUUUAAUUAUUUUUUUAAUCUUUAAAAAAAAAAAAUUAUAGAAUUAAAAAAGAAAUAAUUUAAUAUUUGUAUAAUAUGCAUAUGAAAAUCAUGUAUGUAUUUAAA